AUGCAUACGGCCCAUCGUGGCAACAGAGGUCCCACAGCGAAUCUUGCAAAAGUUGACAAAAAGCCAGGGCUGGCCUUUAGACGUUGGCUUACUCAGCUUGCGCAAAAAAUUAUGCGCUCAGUUGUUACAUAGUUACUCGUUAAAGACGGGAUAAUUGUUGCAAAUGUUUUCGAUUACAGUCAAGCUCGCCGUGCAGUAACGCCGCGCUUUUGCAUUUGGUAUCGAUUGCAUCGCAAAGAGCGUCGGAUGCAGUGUGAGGUGCUGGUUUUCUCUAUGGGAAGAUGA